AGUGGCUCGUGGCGACCGGUGGGCGGCGGACAGAGGGACCGGCGGAGGACAGAGGGACCGGCGGAGGACAGAGGGAGGCAGAGGACGGGAGGAGACCCCGGCCACUGCUCAGACUCAGUUCGAGAGGAGCAGUUCCCUCCCCUAACCCGUGGGCAGCGGCACUAACUCAGCGCUAGCAGCUCGCACCCAGCGGCAGCCAUGGGCAGUGUGGACAUGGCCGAGCUGUUCAGCCGCGUCGGCGAGGAGCUGCGCACCCAGGAGGGCAGCCGGAUCCACCGGCAGCUGCGCGAGGCUACCAGCGGCUCUGGUCGGCUGGCCGCCCUGCUGCAGCUCUCCGCCAUGGCCGAGGCGACACCCCAGGGCCCCGGUCGGCUGGACAAGUCGCGGCCGGCCGCCACCGAGUGGCUGCUGCGCGAGCGGGACGCCGGCUCCGACCAGGAGCGGCUAGCGCUGCUCAACCUGGCCGUCCAGUUCGCGCCCACACCCGGCUCCGAGGAGCAGCAGCCGCUCGAGCUGCGCGACCACGGCCAGACGCUGACGGCCGCCCUGCUGCGCCGCCAACACGUGCUGCACGGCUGCGGCCGGCCAGAGGACCGCGCCGCCAACGCGCUCUACCUGAGACAGCUGCGAGACGUGCUGCCAGAGGCCACCAGCAAGAAGUUUGAGCGCGAGCUGGAGUCUGUGCUGGCGGCUGCCGACGAGCAGCCGGCUGCAGACGAGGAGCGGCCCUUCAAGCUGCCCAAAAUCUACGGCGGGCUGCACUACAAGCUGAAGCGCACGUCGGCGCUGGUGAACCCGGCCUACGUGGAGGGCAAGGGCCGCUGCCUGGUGGCCAACGAGGACAUCCCGCCCGGCUCGGUGCUGAUCACGGACUCGCCGUACGCCUGGGCUCUGGGCUCGGACCGGUGGCAGACCCACUGCCAGAACUGCUGCCGGCGCACUCUGGCUCCGGUGCCGUGCACUCAGUGCGCCGCAGUCGUGUUCUGCAGCGCCGGCUGCCGCCAGGCCGCCUGGAGCCGUUUCCACCGCGCCGAGUGCGGUAUUCUGGAGCACCUGCGCGGCGGCGGCCUGACGCCGAUGGCUCUGAUGGUGGCGCGCACUGCGCUGACGGCCGGUAUGGCCCGGCUGCGGCCCUACCUGGCCCGCUGCGACUCGUACGACAUCACCGACGUCGAUCCGGCCGCCGUGUACGACUCGCUCGAGUACGACGCCGUGUUCGACCAGGUGCCCAACAGCGCGUUCCGCUCGAUCCUGGACGCGAUCCGUCGCGGCACGCUGGCCAUCUACCUGCUGCGCUGCCUGCUGCUCACCGAGCUGGCCGCGCCGCCAGCUGAACUCGACGAGCGCCAGCAGCUGCAGCUGGCCGCCCUGCUGCUUCGACACCUGGAGAGCUGCGCCUGCAACGGCUUCCAGCUGAGCGAGCUGGUGCCGGCCGAGGAGCUGGGCCGAGACGCUGACGACGAGCCGGAGGCCGUGGAGCUGGGCGGCGCCGUCAGCGCCACCAUGAGCCUCAUCAACCACAGCUGCGACCCCAACAUGACGCGCGUCAACCACGGCCGACACCUGAUCGCCAUCACCACGCGGACCGUGGCCGCCGGCGAGGAGCUCCAGGACAACUACCGGGCGCUGUUCCACGAGGCGCCGCGCGCCGUGCGCCAGGCAGCGCUGCUCGAGCGCUACCACUUCACCUGUCGGUGCUCGGCGUGCCGGCUGCACUGGCCCAUGUACGACCGGCUGUCGGCGGUGGCGCCGCGCGCCGCCGUGCGCGACCUGCUCGAGACCGGCGCGCAGUCAGAGUCAGACGGAGAGUUCCGCAGCGCCGCGCAGGCGUUCGCCGCCGCCGCCCAGCUGGUCGAGGCCGACCACGACGACCCGCUGCAGCCCAACCGGCUGCUGGUCGACUGCCAGGGCUACCUGACCCGCUGUCUGUGGCUGGCCUACCGACUGUGAGCGGCCAGCGGGAGAGGAUGGAAAGAGAAUCGUCAGACAGGGCCCGGACAGAGGCGGCGAUCGAUUGCGAGCGGCCCACGGCGCCCGGCUUGGUGAGGAGCUGAGACAUCACCUGUCCCAGACAGAGUCAUGAGACGAGCUACCGCUGGCAGAGCGAGAUCAGCAGGAGAUCGUUACACCCCUCUAGGGUUAGACGACACCCCAGUCGUUAGUGAUCCAUGGGCGAGCGGCGCCCGAAGACAUGAACUAGUCCCUCGAUGGCUGUUACGCCGUCUCGGCGCGGCGCGCGAUGUGCGGAGUAUAGGUGGGGGCAGCUCGGUGAAGGGGAGCUCUAGCCGUGUGUCUCGACCGGUGUCUCUCCGAGGGGCGGACGGUGACCCGGUCGGACGGAUCCGCCGCCGGGGCGGUAUGUAGACGCCUUGGAGCGGCGACUCUCAUCCCCGGGCCGGUCGAAUGGUCCGCACCGGCCGGUCAGUCAGCUGACGGGCGGACGCCGACCUUGGCCGUCAGCUGAGCGCCGCAUGGCGUGACCGAGCACCGGCGGCCGCCCGGUCCGCCCACUGUAGACGCCGGAGCGCAGUGCAAUAAACGGGCCCGCGGGGCUCACCGAGCCGCCAUCGA